CCCUCCUAGCAGCCUCCACGGGAUGGAGGGCUUCAUGGACUCAGGGACACAGACGGAUGCUGUGGUGGUGCUGUCCUUGGCCCAGGCCGCCGUGCUGGGCCUGGUCUCGGAAAAUGAGCUCUUUGGAGCCACCAUAAGCGCUGAGGCCUUCUACCCGGACCUGGGGCCCGAGCUGUCAGGGACGGCCAUGGGGGAGCCUGGGCCACCAGGCCCCGAUGUCUACCAGCUGGCCUGCAAUGGGCGGGCCCUGGAGGAGCCGGCGGAGGAGGAGGUGCUGGAGGUGGAGGCAGCCUUUGAAAAGCACACCCGGCGGAAGACACGGCCCCCGGUGCGGCUGGUGCCCAAGGUCAAGUUCGAGAAGGUGGAGGAGGAAGAGGAACAGGAGGUCUAUGAGGUUUCCGUGUCUGGCGACAACAAGGAUGCAGGCCCCGCAGAAGCCCCUGCCGAGGUGUCCAGCGGUGCCUGCGAGGCCCUGGUGCAGAGCAGCGCCGUCAAGAUGAUCGACCUCAGCGCCUUCAGCCGCAAGCCCCGGACACUCCGCCACCUGCCCCGAACGCCGAGGCCAGAGCUGGACGUGGCCCCGUACGACCCUCGCUUCCCAGACCCGGCCCGGGAUGGCUUCCCCGAGCCCAGCAUGGCGCUGCCUGGGCCAGAGGCCUUGCCCGCUGAGUGUGGUUUCGAGCCACCGCACCUGGCCCCUCUGAGUGACCCCGAGGCCCCCAGCAUGGAGUCCCCGGAGGCUGUAAAGCCAGAGCAGGGCUUCGUGUGGCAGGAGGCAGGUGAGUUUGAGGCCGACGCGGCGGGCUCCACAGUGGAGCGCCACAAGAAGGCCCAGCUGGAUCGGCUGGACAUCAACGUGCAGAUUGACGACUCCUACCUGGUGGAGGCGGGCGACCGCCAGAAGCGCUGGCAGUGCCGCAUGUGCGAGAAGUCGUACACGUCCAAGUACAACCUGGUGACGCACAUCCUGGGCCACAACGGCAUCAAGCCACACUCGUGCCCGCACUGCAGCAAGCUCUUCAAGCAGCCCAGCCACCUGCAGACUCACCUGCUGACGCACCAGGGCACCCGGCCCCACAAGUGCCAGGUAUGCCACAAGGCCUUCACGCAGACCAGCCACCUCAAGCGCCACAUGCUGCUGCACUCGGAGGUCAAGCCCUACAGCUGCCACUUCUGUGGACGUGGCUUCGCCUACCCCAGCGAGCUCAAGGCCCACGAAGUGAAGCACGAGAGUGGCCGCUGCCACGUCUGUGUCGAGUGCGGCCUGGACUUCUCCACCCUGACCCAGCUCAAGCGCCACCUGGCCUCCCACCAGGGCCCCACCCUCUACCAGUGCCUCGAGUGCGACAAGUCCUUCCACUACCGCAGCCAGCUGCAGAACCACAUGCUGAAGCACCAGAACGUGCGGCCCUUCGUGUGCACCGAAUGCGGCAUGGAGUUCAGCCAGAUCCACCACCUCAAGCAGCACUCGCUCACCCACAAGGGCGUGAAGGAGUUCAAGUGCGAGGUGUGUGGCCGGGAGUUCACCCUGCAGGCGAACAUGAAGCGGCACAUGCUGAUCCACACCAGCGUCCGGCCCUACCAGUGCCACAUCUGCUUCAAGACCUUUGUGCAGAAGCAGACCCUCAAGACACACAUGAUUGUACACUCGCCCGUGAAGCCAUUCAAAUGCAAGGUGUGCGGGAAGUCCUUCAACCGCAUGUACAACCUGCUGGGCCACAUGCACCUGCACGCAGGCAGCAAGCCCUUCAAGUGCCCCUACUGCUCCAGCAAGUUUAACCUCAAGGGCAACCUGAGCCGGCACAUGAAGGUCAAGCAUGGCGUCAUGGACAUCGGCCUGGACAGCCAAGACCCCAUGAUGGAGCUGACAGGCGCUGACCCCUCCGAGCUUGACAGCCAGCAGGAGAUGGAGGACUUCGAGGACAACGCCUACACCUACGCCGGCGUGGACAGCGGCGCCGAGGCCAGCGUCCUCACCGAGCAGGCCAUGAAGGAGAUGGCCUACUACAACGUGCUAUAGCGCAAGCUG